ACUUUCAAAUCAUUCGUGACAGUACAGUGGCAACCUCAUUGAUCAAUCUAUUUUUAUAGAAGUUUUUAAUUUACCUAUUUAUUUGAAAAGCUGUUCAAAAUGGGUCGCAUGGCUGGAAUUAAAUGGGAAAAGGCAAUGCAAUGUCGACCGGUUCAUAACAUUAUAUCAUCAGAUUUUCCUAAAUAUAACCCGCAACCAUGGAAAUUCAUGGAAGGUCCGUCACGUAUUCCAUGGUUAUUAUCGUACGAAUAUCAGCGAAUGUGGGUGGAAGAAAGAGAAGCAUGGAAAAAGAGAAUGUAUCCUGAAAACACUACUGUAAACGUAGAUAUUGUCAAACGUUAUGUUUUAACAUUUAAAUCGAAUCAUCAGCCACCAAAACCUGAAGAGAAAAAGCCAUUUAAAAUGAAAAAAUUUGAGGGCAUUGGGAGCCGUACGACCUCAAAACGACCGGCCAAGGACAAAGCCAUGAAUUUCAAUAAAAAUAAAGAAAAAAGCUAAACUGAA